AUGCCAUCAUAUCAAUUAAGUACUAUAGUUUUUAUAGUGUUACAAUUUGUUAGCAUCUUUCUUUUGGGUGUCCUUGUCUUUGCUUUAUUAACUUCAUCAUCUCAAUUUACGCAUUCAACAUUACUUCAAUUAUUCAUAUCUGCAUUAUUUUUUGAUUCAAUUGGGAUGUUACCCGUAUUGAUGUUCGGUGAUGAUUUAAGCACUGUAGGAAUCCAUUCGUUAUUAUGUAAAAUAAGUCAGAAAAUUACAUCAUUUUUAUUCUUUCCAACACAUGUAUUUCCUUUAGUAAUAGUUUCAAUUAUAAUAGAUGCAAAUAUUGAUAACUUUGGUACCACAGUUUCUUUGUAUAUGUGCAUACCUGUAUUUAACGAUAGAACGUACUAUGGAUAUGUGAUACCUAAUCUGGUUCUAACUGGACUCUCGAUACCUAUGUCAUGCCACUCUGGUUUUAUUUUAUGGAGACGAUGGAAAACUUUUUCUUACCAUCAAAACAGAUCCACGGCAAUAAAACUAGGUCAUUCUGUUCGUUUAUGCGUCUUUAGCUCUAUUAGCACUAUCUUUCUUCUAGCCACACUUAUCCCACGAAUGAUGAUAUAUCAUAAAGGCAGUCCUGUAUCACAAUAUAUAUUGGCAUUCUCUACUGCAUUACUUGGUGUACUUUUAUUUCUUGUUUUUGGCUCAAACAGUAAGGCCGCCAUAUUCCUUCCAUGCUGUUACUACAAUCCCCCUACACUUCCAACACAAAUAUUAUCUAGUAGUCCUAAUUAUUCAGAGCAAAACGAUCACGAACUCCGAGCAUUUACUUCGGUUACAGUAAAUUUUCCAGAAAAUUCUUAUAAGACUGAUACUUAUAUGUUCUAA